AUGGUUCAAAUAGGUGGAGAAGCUGUGAGAGUUUGUAGGUUCUCGCCAGAUUCGACGUUACUUGUUACCGCUGGAGACAACGGGCAAGUUUGCCUUUGGGAUUUGAUACGCCGUAAUUUAAUCAGGAGAUUACAAGUACGUAAAGAUAACGGACCAACGUACAUACCUUCAUACGAUAUCUUCUUAGGUAACGAACCAUUCACAAAACUGUAUCAACUGGUUACUUGCGGUAACGAUCAUUGCGUCAAAUUGUGGGAGAUAAUUGCGGUACAGCCGAAACGCGACGUCGAACCGUCCACUGCUAAGAUAAAUCUCUGCAGAAUCAUGGAGAAACACAGUAGUGCUCUAACCUGUGUUCGCUUCAACGCGAACGGAUUGUACGUCGCUAGUAGCGGCCUCGACGAAACAGCAGUGAUCUGGGAAACGAGUUCCGGAAAAGUAAGGACGAUAAUAUCGGGGCAUAACAGAUACGUAGCAUGCUGCGCAUUCUCGAGAGACGGAAAUUUAUUGGCGACCGGUUCCAACGACAAAUCUGCGAUCGUUUGGGAUCUCACGGGAAACUUGUGUCUCGAUUCGGAGCUUGCACGACGUUUCACACCUGCUUUACUUUCACAGGAUCGCGAAGAGAGUGCUAAAUACGAACGAAACGAAUAUGCGGAAACUUCCGUCGCAGAUAAUGUCCAAUUGGUUCGAAGAUUGGAAGAACACGCUGGUGUUGUAAACAGCGUAGCUUUUUACGGAAAUCGUCUUAUUGCUUCUGGAUCUGGGGAUAAAUUGGUGCGAGUUUGGAGCAUCGAGGCAGCCGCCGCCGCCGCCGCUGACGAGGAAGCUGAAACGACCGGUAUGAAAUUCCGAGAAAAAUCUUACAGUCCACUGGACGGUCACAAGUACGGUAUAAAUCACGUGGAAUUUAGCCCGUGCGGUACUAUGCUCGCUUCUUGUUCCUCGGACGGUACAGCUAUCGUAUGGAAUACCGAGAACGGAUCUCAAGCGAAAUCAUCUUUCGUUAAUUCGGGAUCUGGUAUUCGUGUUUGUCGAUGGUCACCGGAUGGUACUAAAAUUGCCACUGCUGGAGACGACGAGAGGACAACGAUAUGGGGUGUGAAUAAUAUGGAAGAACUUGGCGUUUUCAAAGGUCAUUCCGAUGCGGUGAACGCAAUCGCCUUUACGCAUGAUUCGCGUUAUUUGGUUACCGCUUGUAACGAAGGUACUUGGAGAUUGUUCCGUACCACCGAUCACCAAAAUUGCACUACAGCAUUGACGACUUGCGAAGAGGCUCAUAAUUUGGGCGUUCAGGGAUGUGACUUUAGCCCAACGUCUGAUAUUACCGGCAGAAAAACAAACGUGAACAGCGAUACUUAUUUCCUAGCAACAAGUGGCAACGACUCCUUGGUUAAGUUGUGGCAAAUAACAAUUUCUAAAAGAGUCGAGGUUACGGAAGGAGGUGCUGGAAGGAGUGGCGACGAUGUACGAUACGAGGAAGAGAUAUCUUUCACCGGACAUGGCGGCAACGUGACCUGCGUUCGAUUUUCUCCAACCCGAUCUGAAAUUUUAGGAAGCGUGGCUACCGAUAAAACAGCGCGCAUAUGGAGCACGUACUCUGGAUUAUGCUUGUACGUGCUGGAAGAGCACGAAAAUCUUGUAACUACCUGCGCUUUUUCCGAAGACACUUCCCUUUUUAUCACAGGUGCUCUCGAUAAAACUGUUCUAAUUUGGAAUAUACCUCGGAUGUUGAUUUCGCAAAACGUGCUGAUGAACAACUUGAAACGUAACAGAAAAAAGGUUGCGGAUUGGAAAAUAGACGAUACGUUGAAAUGGCUAGAAGAAAUAGGCUUGUCGACGUUAACUGAGAAAGCUUGCGCGGCUUCGUUAACGGGGCGACGAUUACUCGCCGUAUCGGAAGAUGAAUUGAUAGAAAGGCUCCGUAUCGAUCGAGACGAAGAAACGACGGAAGCACUUACGACGCAAUUAUACUGGUUGAAACGUGAAGACGGUAAUUCUGUAGAAAUCAAUGUAGACGAUAACGAAAUACCCGACGAAUUUUUAUGCCCUAUCACGCGUGAAAUAAUGAAAGAACCUGUUCGAUGCUGUGGUAAAAACCCUGAGAAAGAAUUACGCUCGCGGAAUUACGACGACGAAUCGUUUAAUUAAUACUACCGUUUUCAGACGGAUUUACAUACGAGAAAGCAGCUAUAAACGAAUGGUUUUUGUGU